UUUAAUAUAUUACUGACCGUGAAAUAACGUACAGUUUGUGUUUCAGGAUUUUGUGUUAAUAUUGUGUAUUUUAACUUUGUUAUAUUAUUUAUUAUCUACUAUUGUAAUGAUGGAAUUUGUUAUCGUUUUGAUAUUUUGUGUGGUUCUUGUGAUUGCUGUAAUGGUAAUUGGUUCCGGGAUGGGGAAAGCUACUUCUUCGCAGCGUCAGAUGGACAUCAUUAACGUCGCUCAGAACUUAUAUGUUUUAAUUAGGAAAGGCGACUUGAAGAAAUGUGACGUUACGCAGACGACCGCGUUUCUUCUCAACAUCGCAAAGUCAACUGUUCUCAAGUAAGUAGGCUUUUUUCGUUUUCAUGCACGUAAAAAAAUAUCGACUGUGUCCUAAGUAUUGUCGGCCUGUGUUUUAACUCACGAGGUUUUUUGUGUUUUAUUUCCAAUUUAUAUUUUUUGGUGUGAGACAACACCGCCAUGUGGCGUCUCUGUUGAAAAGUUAACCUAAAAUCAUAUUAGGCCUACUCAGGUCCUAACAAUAACAAUAUAGGCACUUUCAAGUAUUUUUAUGGGUGUGAUACACGUUUGUUUAUAACGAUGUUUAUAAACUUUAUGAUAGGUUUAACUAUAACAUAAGGGAGUGAUUUUAUAAUUUGCAUUUAAUUAGUUUUUCAUCUGUUUGGGAGAUCACAAAAUAAAUAAAAAAACACUUCAUUAAUUUCGUGGACAAAGUCUGUCAUGUUUCCAUUUAGUGACCACAAAGCAAAUAUUUGUGACAAAAUGCCAUAUUUGGAACACUGCCUAACUGCGUAUUGUGAACGGGUCCCCGGAAAAGUGUUAUGACAAAUGUUUUUUUUUUUUGGUUAGGUACUACAAGAAAGACAUUGAAGAAGUUUCAACACCAGGAAAAAAGAGGAAAAAAAGGCCACAGGAAGGAAAGUCACUUGACACAGUCGACGAUUUCACAGUAAAUGCAAUCAGGAAUGCAAUUUACAGGAUGUACGCUGAAGGUUUGAAUGUUACAGUCGACACCAUUUUGAAAGAAAUCAGGGAAAGACAAAUAGAUUAUUAUGGUGGAAGAUCAAGUCUUCAUAAAUUGUUAAAGAAGAUGGGAUUUUCAUGGACAACUGUUGAUGGACGAAAAGCUUUGAUAGAGAAUGAAAACAUAGUAUUGCAGCGAAUAGAUUUCUUGAGAAAGUAUAAAGAAGAAAAAGAAAGAGGUGCCAAUUUCAUAUUUGUUGAUGAAACAUGGAUUUUCCAGAGAGGAACUGUAUCAAAGUCAUGGCAGGACAAGAGUCUACAAUCUGCGAAGAGACGUACUGUUGGAGAUGGUAAAAGGUUUAUUGUUGUUAAUGCUGGAGGGCGCACUGGCUUUGUGCCAGGAGCAGGAUUACUUUUUGUUUCAGGUCAGAAGACUGCAGACUACCAUGGCGAGAUGAAUGGGGAAACUUUCUUGAUGUGGUUUGAAGACAUGUUGGUGCAUCUUGAGGAACCCAGUGUCAUCAUAAUGGACAAUGCUUCAUAUCACAGCACCCAGGUUGAGAAAACACCUACAACGAACUGGACCAAGGAUGCACUGAUCGCGUGGCUGGAGAAGAAUGAGAUAAAACAUGAAAAUAAUUUGUUGAAAGUGGAGCUGCUGAGAAUAGCUAAACAAAACAAGCCCCGAAUACGAUGGGCGAGGUGUGUGGAUCACGUGGAGAAGCUAAUUCAAGCAGACUGGGAGAGAGAAGUCCACAUAGACAGCGGCACCAUUCCUCCACUCAUCAUCCACCUCGGCGAGGAUAGUUCAAGUGAAGACAGUGACAGCGAAGAAUUUGAGGUUACGACACAGCAAAUAGAUGGAGACAGUGAAGUACUGGCAGUUCCUCUUGAUGAUUUACCCGGGUGUUCUUAUUGAGGUCUGUAUGUAAUAAACACCUGGGCAACUGUAAGUAUUGGGGUUUGAAACAUUUUUUUUCUUUUAUGCAUUCCCAUUAAGUAUGUUGAUUACUGGAACUUUAUGUAUUAACUUUAUAUUACACAUAUUAUGAAAUUAAUAAUAAAUUUCAUUUCUGGAUUCGUAUAGGUGUAUGUGAAACAUUUUAUUUUGUUGUGUGUCUUCAUUUUUCAGUGAACUUACUUGGAAAACAAAAAGCCAGUCCCCAUCCAGGGCCACAAAUAAAUAAUGCAUAUAAGUGGUAUAGAAAUUACUGUCAAUUCUUUACCACAAUUUUACUGUUCAUAAAAUUAUGAUUUUGUCUAAUAAGUAUACUCAGGAAAAUGUAUAUAACCAUAUUUUUAUUUGUGGCCUUAACCGGCAAAAUGGUAGGGGUUUAUUAAAUAAAAGAAAAAAAUUCAUUUUUAAAUGUUUUCAUCUGAAUUUGUUAAUUUUAUUAAACCUUCAAUCCUUAGUCUUUUCCAGAUUGCUUAGAUGG